AUGGCUACUACAGAAUCAUCUCCAGCUUCUGGCUCCAAUCGUCCUCCUCGAACUCGGACUCGUCGCCCAAGACGAGGCGGCCAUCGGGACACUGGACCUGCACCAGCAGAUGGAAACACAAACGCUACUCCAAAUCUAACGACACAAGUACCAAAUGGUCCUUUAGCUCUCAGACCGGCUUCUGUGGCACCACUGCCAGACUCAAAUUCUCCAGCCCCGUCGAACCCGCGAAAUUCGAACGCAAACAAUCGAGGAGGCGGCAAUGGUAGAAGAGGUGGGUUUGGACGAGGGGGUCGAAGAGGGGGUGGUCGCGGACAGCCCAUGGCCAAUGGAAGAGUGUUUGGAGGGCAACUUACCUCAAACUCGCAUACUGGUCCUACAUCUGACGCUGGUUCUCUUGCUGGAGAUGCUCCAGCAUUUACACCUGGACAUCCUAUUGCCACCCGACCUGGACCCUCGCGAGCUCCGCGCGCACGUCGAAUGUCGAAAUCGCAAGCUGCAGAUCUUGCCACUCGAACACACGAGGAUAUCACAAAUGGCCAAUACGAAUGCGCAAUUUGUACCAACGAAGUUUUACCAAAUUCUAAGAUAUGGAACUGUAAAAGUUGUUGGUCGGUUCUCCAUUUAUCAUGUGUCAAAAAAUGGUCGAAGAAUGAAGUAUCGACACAUCAACAACGAGCAGUUGAAAACGGAGAAUUGCCACCACCGAGACAAUGGAGAUGCCCCGGUUGUAACUUGCCCAAAGAAGACUUGCCAAUAUCGUAUACUUGUUGGUGUGAGAAGGAGAUUGAACCACGAUCAGUAGCUGGGCUACCACCACAUUCUUGUGGCAGAGUUGUUCAAAAAAACGGAUCGGACAUUGUCCUCAUCCAUGUGAUCUUAUGUGCCAUGCUGGAUUCUGUCCACCUUGCGCUCACAUGGGGCCUUCACUUCCUUGCUUUUGUGGCAAAGAGACGGUUUCAAGAAGAUGUUUAG